AUGUUUAUUUACAUUAGUGAGACUUGGUAUGCAGGGUCAAAUCAGGUUUUGGAAAUACUCUGUGAAUUUGGUUUUCGAGAAAUAAGGUGCGAUGAUGCAGGAGAUAUCAUGGAAAUUAGCAAUUACGUGACUAAACACUACAAUGAAAACUUGGUGAUGCGUGGGGAAUUGACGUUAGAAGACUUAGAAAUUCUAGAGAAGAGACCGUUUUUCGUACAUCUGGCGCUUGACGCUGCAAUAAGUUUACGGUUCGAACGAUACAAAGCGACGCAUUUGGGCGCAGAUCUCGAGCAAUUCGUCGCAAGACAUGACUCCAGGAUUGCAGAGCGGACGUACAAACCUCAGUUGUGGGACAGAGCGCAUAUCAAGAUUUUUAUCUCGAGAAAAGCGGAUUUUGAACGAAGGCUGGUAGAAGAGUUGAGAGGCAUUUUGACGGUUGCUGCCCACGGCAAAAAUUUCAGAGACGCUUCUCACACGACGACGCCAUUGCGACCAGACUGGGACGCGUAUUUCAUGAAACUUGCGACCCUAGCGGCGUCGAGAUCUAACUGCAUGAAACGACGUGUCGGAUGCGUCGUGGUGCGAGAAUGCAGAGUCAUCGCAACGGGGUAUAAUGGAACUCCACGACAUCUGGUCAAUUGCCAUGCAGGUGGGUGUCCCAGGUGCAAUAACGGUGAUGUUCAACUGAGCACAUGUCUGUGUUUGCAUGCAGAGGAAAAUGCGCUGUUGGAAGCAGGGAGAGACCGUGUUGGCGUUAACGCUAUCUUGUAUUGCGACACCUGUCCGUGCCUCACAUGCUCUGUGAAAAUUGUUCAAACUGGAAUCCGCGAAGUGGUUUACUCAAAAUCGUACAAUAUGGACGAAGCCAGUUUUAAAGUUUUGCAGGAAGGAGGAGUCCUGGUACGGCAGCUCAGCGUACCGGCAGAACCAAUGCACAUUAUCGUUUAA